AUGCUGAACAAAUUAUUAGGAGUCUUUUCUCCUCCUAAAAGUCUUGUAUUAAUGCUUUUGAAAAGAUCGGUCUUGUGGCCAUUCAUUGAAGAAAUCACAACGGAUCAUAUUGAAUCUAAAACUGCCAAUGAGAGUAGUUUCAUUUUCGAAAUUCAUUCCUUGAAAUUUCAAACGAACAAAUUGAACAAACAUUUCACGUCUUCAUUUAGAAAUUUGUAUAUUCAGAGAGGAGAAAUUCGUUGCAUUGCCAUUCAUAUUGCGUUUCAUAUGAAUAGUGUACAGAUUAUUUUGGAUGGAGUGUUUUUUGAUAUUCAAUGGAAAGAAGAUGAAACAUUGAAUGCAAGUAAUGGUAGUAGUGAUUUGGAGAAUCAAACAUCUGAAUUGUCAACGACCUUUGUUUCGGAUUUAUUGAGCUCUCAAUGGUCGGGGUUUUCAGAUGUCGGAGGUCAUGGAGACUCUUCUCCCUUGUUGAUUCCUUCACCACAACAAUCACACUCUACGGAUCAAUAUUUCAAACAAGGACAAGAUAUUCUAUUUAAAACAGUAGAUACCUUAUUGUCAAGCAUUACUGUUUCGAUACUUAAUGUCACAGCGAAUAUUACCAUGCCCAAUGAAGAUGUAUUGUCCAUUGUUAUACCACAUAUUGAAUAUGCAGACAAGACGGAUCAGUUAUGGGUCCAAGAGAGAAAGAGUUAUGUGUAUUCAUUAUAUGUGAAAUAUGGUUUUUUUGUAAGAGCAUUAGAUGCCCACACAGAGAAUUCCAUGAAGAGCAAUAUUUUAUAUACGAAUGGAGCUCUUGAGCUGUUGGUUAAUGUGGAUUCUAACAAAAAUCUCCUCGAUAUUGUAUUGAAUUGUGUGGAGGCGAGAUUAUUCUUGAAUCCUCAAAGCAUUGAACGAUUAUUGAGGAUUUUAUCCUUUGUGUUCAAGAGACAACAUCCAUCAUCUCCACCAUCGAGUCCAACCACAACUGGCCAUACGAAUGAAUUUCAGUCUUCAUCCAUACGAAAAGAAUUACCCACAUAUGACAUGAAUUUUACAUUUACCGCAAAGAAAAUAUGUGGAAUUUUACUGUUUCGAGAUCAGAAUUUGGAAUGGGAACAAACCUAUGGAAAGGUCGCCCCAAAAGAAAUCAAUGUCCCUCAUGUGGCCUGUAGUCUGAGCGAUUUAAAUCUAACUUACAAAUCUUCUUACAAUGGAAUUUCAUUGGUGACCAGAACUAACUUGGAAAUUCAUCAAAUACAUAUUUUCGACGAAGUGGAUUCGAACGAAAAUAAUGUUCAACGUACUGAAGAUGAUUCAGAUGGAUCUGAAAUUUCCUUUCUACCUGACACAACAAAAUCAACCAGUAUUCACAUUGCAAGAAUUAAGGUCUCUAUCAAAUUAAUUACUUUAAUCACAGAAGGACUGGGUUUAUUUUUCAAAAUUCAAUCACUCCAUAGAACUUAUUUAGGAGAGAUGAAUCAUAACAAUACCCCACAAACUACGAAAAGAAGAGAUUCAGUUGUCGCUGAAUGUCCAAAUAUCAACAUUGGAUAUAUUAAUUGUGACAUUCUCUCAGAAGACAACAUCCCAGUCAUGAAAGCUUGGAUAUCAAUUAUUCAGUCACAACCUGAUUUUACUUUUGACGUUUUUUCGGCUCGAGUGGAAUUGAUGAGCGGCAGUAUGGACAGUUCUGAAUCUGUAUCGAAAAUUUUAUCCAUUUCCAACCUAUCACUCGACAUGGCAAAACAUUGCAUAGGCAUUAAUACAGUGAGAGUAGAGAUUUCAAGAAACGACUUUCAUACGAUGAUGCCAAUAUUUCAAGAAAUUUCAAGUGUGAUUUCGUUAGAGUUUGACAAGUACUUGUCACAAAUGAAUGAGCAACCCAAGACGCAAGAAAUAACGUCCCAGACAUCUACAACAAGUAAUAUCAUCCAUUGUUCCAUAGAUACCGUGGAUAUUAGACUUUUGAAAGAUGGUGACGCCUCUACUUCCAAACGAUACCUCAAACUCUUGCUGAGAAAUGUCCAUGGAAGUUAUGAAAAACAAACACCAUUCACACAAUCAAGCAGUAUCUCUAUUGGAACCAUUGAACUCCUCGAAUGCUGUUCACACAAUGUGGAAACGCUAAUCAUUUCUCAACAACCAUUAUUAGCAAAACCCUUUCAAAACAUGAAGGAGCCUAUGAUUCGAUUAGUUGCUUCUAACGAUGCUAACGGAAAUUCCCUCAAACUUGACACCAAUAAUCUCUUUGUGGAUAUUUGCAUUGAAAAUAGUUUGGAGAAUAUUCAAUUCUUACAGAAUUUCUUUUUAAAUUCCAAUUCUCAAACUCCUUCCUUAGAGAGUCAUGAUCGUUCACAAGCACCUACUGUACCAAGUUCCCUCGCUCUUUGCUUGAAAAAUAGCACAAUUGCCAUUCGCUCUGUUGAUCAUGGAACUCUACUGCUUUUCAUACGAGAACUUCUCUGCUCCUUGAAUUCUACCUGUCAUCCUACUCCAAAAGGAGGAGACCAGAAUCGUCACAUUGAAAUACCAGUAAUUUCACACACUCUAUAUCCCUCGAUGAAUACAUUACCUAAUGACGAUUCCAUGCAACCCAGCUAUUCUCUCAAAUGCACAAUAUGUGAAUUGGAAAGUCUUGUUGGUCCUCCACUUUCUGGAAGUACUAUGGCAUCGACACUCUCUUUGAAUCAGAAAAAUUUUUCUCUUGGAUUCAUUUCGAAAAUGACCUUGCUUGAAUUUUCAGAAAUUCUCUCACUGAAUCAUCUUGAAAUUGACGGGAAAUUGAAAGAUAAUUUUUCACCGUAUCAAAUGAAUAUUUCCAAUGGUACACUCCAUGUUUUCCUUAAUAAGAAAUCCAUGGAACAAGUCAUCCAUAUUGCAAAAUCCAUAUCUGAAAAUAUUUUGAAUCCAAAAUACCACUCACAAUCCACACAGCAAUCGAUAUAUGUGUCACCUGUGAUCGGUGUUGACCAUGGGAUCAAUAAUUGCACGACUGAUGAAUUUUCUUUAUUGGAUGAAUCUGUAGAAACACAUACUCAUGAAGAAAAAGUACUUUCUGAAUGGAUUGAAGACGAUUUCAUUGUACUUGGAUCGAAACCGUUGGUUAUUUCUGAACAUUACUUUGAAAGUCAGGAGAAUGGUGCUGUUGAAACUCAUCAUCGAUCCAUUGUCUCACAACAAUUCAGCAUGAAUCGUUUUGAUAUUUUUGUGCAUUUAUUUGAAAAUAAGGUUGAAAAAGCCUGUGCAACGGUUCAAGGUCUAAAAGUCGAAUAUUUAAUAUUUCAACCCAAUCAAGAUUCAAAUGAGGACGAUCGUGACGAUGAAAUUGUUGAAUCAUCCUCUCUCGUACUAUCCAUGAGCGAGUUGGAAAUUCAUGACACGACGAAAGUGUCACACUCAACCUGUAAAUUACUUUCCAAGUACGUGACACGAGAGGACACUCGAGAAUUUGCAAUACUCGAAAUGAAUCUAUCCAAGGAUGUGAGUCAAAGAAGACGCGUUGAACUACAAUUGGAUGUGGUUCCAAUCAUGCUCACGAUUCAUGAACAUGCUGUUGAUUUUUUUAUGAAUUUUUUGGAGAAUUCUGAAAGUGAAUCACAAGUAGAAAUGCAAUCAUCAGAGAAUUCCAUUUCAAAUUCAUGUUCUGAAAAUUUAGAAUCAAAAGAUGAUCCAUGUCAACCAUCUUUAAAAAAUCAUCAAGACAAUGCUGACACCAACGAACAAGUUGUUGCAAUUCCUCAAGUUGUUUUUGAACAUGUGAAUAUUGAAAUGAUUGAAGUUCAUUUAACCUAUUAUCCCUCUGCCAAAUCUCUCUUACCCAUUCCACGUAUCGAAAAUGCAUGUAUGAAUUUCACACGAUUUUCAGUUCCAAGAGAGAAACCUCUCAUUGGUCAGGACCAAUUGGUCGAGUCCAUCACACAGCACGUUUUAAAUCAUUUCAAAAAUCCUGUCGAUUUAUUCAAGUUACUUUUAGGAUUGAGAACGGUCAAGUCAUUGUAUAAUAUUGCAGUUGGAGCCUCAGAUUUGAUUGUCAUUCCACUGAGAGAAUAUCAAAAAGAUGGAGGCAUGUUGAGAGGUGUUCAAAUGGGUAUUGCAAACUUUUUAUCGACCGUCACUGUGAAUACGACGCAGUUCACAGCUGCCACCGUAGACAGUAUGCACAUGUUGUGCACAAGAGUGGAUAAUUAUUUAACAGAGGAUGAGAGUAUGAAAGUUGAAAUUGGAACACGUUCUUCUGAUAGGAAUGGGACUCGUGUUGUACCAGCGCAUUGA